UCAUCAAUUGGUUAUUUAAUUAUUUAUAUUUAAAAUUGAUUAUGAUUGAAUUCCAUGAAAUUAUCAAAUAUGGCUGCCGUGAACACUUAUUCGAAAGCGUUAAUAUUUUCAAUAUUUUCAAUAAUAUACACAAUUCAGUGUUAUUACUCAAUUAAGUAUGCUUCAAUGUUUUAAAAAAAUACUAAUUUAUCUUUAUAUUAUUUAUUUAUAAUUAAUAUUUCUUAUAACUGUAUUACCAGCAAUAAUUUCACUGCUUGUUGGCAUUACUGUCAUUUUUAAAUACGUUUACUGCGCAACUCGCCGCAAAGGUAACCUAAUCUUUUUGUUGACGUUUCUCUAACCUCCAUUCUCAUGGACAGCUUAAUUAAUUAAUUAAUUAGUUAAUUAAUUAAUUACUUAAUUAGUUAAUUAAUUAGAUUAGUUAAGUAAAAAGAAAAAUAUGGAUAGUGAAGAAAAGAAAAAAGAAAAACGAACGAAAAAGAAAAGAAUUUCAUAUUCAAAAGAAACCUUAGCUCUCGCUCUCGAGGAACUUCGACACGGGAAAAAAGUUGCACAAGUUUCUCGGACAUAUGACAUUCCCGGCUCAACACUUAGGGCAAAAAGAUUAGGUCUGUAUGCCGAUAAAAACCCUGGUCCUUCGACUGUAUUUACUGCAGAUGAAGAAAAAGAGUUAGUGAAUUGGAUCAUUCACUGUUGUGAAAAAGGAUUUCCUGUAUCUAAAAGUCAGCUGGUGGACAGUGUUCGACGAAUUUGUGUUCAAACGAAGAAAAAAAAUCCAUUUACUGACAAUAUACCAGGUAGAGCUUGGUAUGAUGGGUUUUUGAAGCGUAAUCCAGAAAUUUCGACAAGAGUUACGGAAAAAGUUUGUUUGAAUAGAGCAAAAGUUUCAGAGUAUAGUUUGCGUCAAUGGUUUGAAGAAAUCUCGAAAUAUUUGGUUGAAAAUAAUCUCUUGUCAUUAGAGCCAAAUAGAAUUUUUAACUGUGAUGAAACAGGACUUGCUUUAAAUCCAAUAUCUUCAUCGGUUCUCGCUCCAAAGGGUCAGAAAAACGUGUUCACUGUCGUAAACAAUAAUGAGAAAGAAAACAUUACGACUCUAGUGACAGCCAAUGCUGUUGGUAACCUUGCUCCGACAUUUAUUCUAUUUACUGGGAAUUCGCUACCAAAUAAUUGUGUUAAAAUGGCGCCUGCCGAUUAUGCUUUUGGUUAUUCAAAAACUGGGUGGAUGUUAUCUAAAAAUUUCUACGAGUACAUCGCAAAUGUUUACGAACCGUGGUUAACAAAAAAUAAUAUUCAACGUCCAGUAAUUAUGUUUAUUGAUGGUCACGCUUCGCAUAUCACGUUAUACUUAAGUAAAUUCUGUUCCGAAAAGCAAAUAGUGCUAAUCGCCUUGCACCCAAAUGCCACGCACAUAAUGCAACCAUUGGAUGUUUCUCUAUUUCGUACCUUGAAGGCCAAUUGGAAGAAAAAAGUUGAAACAUUUUGUCGAAAUUCCUUUGCAGUCGGAAUUCAAAAGUCUCAGUUUGCCCCUUUGCUAAAAGAAACUUUAGAUUCAAUGAAUCUAGAAACCGUUUUACGAAACGGGUUCAAAAAAAGUGGAUUAUGUCCUUUCGAUGUUGAGGCAAUUGAUUUCACUAAGGUCCUUAAACGAAUUGGAGACUCAGAUUCAUUGUCAGAAGACAGUUCUCAGGUUUCGCAAUGUAAUUCCUCAACAGUUCAAGACUCCUUGGAAGUGUUUGAAAAAUUUUUAAAGCAAGAUCAAAUAGAGGCAUUUCGACUAAAUGAAAGUCCAACUUGGAGAGGAAACGUAAAAGAUGAGGAACUCUUUAACAUAUGGUACAAAUUAUCGUACCCAUCAGGUGGUUUAUCGAACACUCUUAAUAAUCAAAAGAAUGACUCAAGGUUGGACUUGCCCAUGGACAUUGUUUCUGAUAUAACUGAAAUUAUUGACACCACUCGGGGUCACAAGAUGCUAAAUGGAGUAAAUGUUAAAUCUACGAUAAAUUCAGAUAAUGUAAAGUCAAGAAGCAAUGCUGUCAUUGAAAAUGGAUGUGUAAUAAUGGAAUUAGAAGUAGAUGUCAAUCAAAAUAUUCCAAGCGAUUCGAUUUCUAACGGUACUGUCUUAGCAUCUAAUGAUUUUACAAACAAUGAUUCGAUUUCCGACGGUAUUCUCUUAGCAUCAAAUGAUUCUGCAGAGAAUAAAUCGAUUUCCAACGAUAUUGUCUUAUCAAAGGAUUCUCCAGAGCUCGAUGUACCACUUGAUUUGACCAAAAACAAGUUAAAAGUUAAUCCGCUUUGCGACAUUACAAAUUUUCAUGAACAAAAACCGGUAAUAUCAGAAGAAUCUGUGCAUCAGAAGUUUUUGUUUUGGCCAUCUGAUAAUUUAUUAAAAAAUGAAAAUAAGAAAAGGAUAAAUAAAGUGCGUCAUCCUUCAGUCGUCACCGGAAGUCAAUGGCAAGAAAUUGUGGACACAAAACAAACUGAGAAGCGAAUUAAAAUUGAGGCUGUAGAAACAAGAAAGAAAGCGAGAAUAGAAAAAAAGGCGAAAUCUAAAUUAAUAAAAGAAGAACUUCAAAAGAAAAGAGAGGAAAAAAAACAGCAAAAAGAAAUGGAAAGCUUUGAAAAAGAAAAACAGAAGCUUUUGAAACAACAAGAAAAAUUUGCAGCUAUAACAGAGAAAAAAAAAGCUUUAGACGAAAAAUUAGCCAAAGAGAAAGAAAGACGAGAAAUAGAAAAACAGAUUCGUGAUUUGCAAGAAAGACAAGUAAAUUUAAAUCAAAAUCUGUGAUUAAAAGAUUAAAGCUUAUAUAUUUUUAAUUAAUGUCAUAAUGCUUUGUGAUAUUUACGAUUAAGAUUUAUAUCUAAUAUGGCAUAAUACUUUGUGAUAUCUGCCAAAAGUGUUCGAGACUCAAAUUUUAUUUAUCAAACUUUUUUACUUAAGGAUAAUUAUAUGCUCAUAAGUGUCAUAAUACUUUGUGAUAUCUUCGAUUAACGUUUUUAUCUAUUUAUAUAAUACUUUGUGAUAUCUACCAAAAGUAUUUAAGACUCAAAUUUUAUUUAUUCAUUAUAAUAAAGUUUGUUACUUAUUUAUGUUUUAUGUUUUGUCGUGGACGGUCACAUAUAUGUAAUAUAAGUUGUCCAAUUACUAAAAUAUAUGUGCAUAUUGACAUAUUAAAAAUAUGUUACUUUCAAUAAAGUUGUAAUAAUGGGAAAAUUAUUUAUUUAAAAAAUUUUAAUUAUUUAUUCAAUUUAUUGACGUAGUAAACAUAAUUUAAUAAAUAAGAUGUAGAAUAUGAUGCUUGUUUAAUAGUUAAUAAAGCCAUUUGGCCACAAAAUUCUACAUCUUAUUUAUUAAAUAAUUUGGCUUUUGAAAGAAGAUUUUCUUUAUAAAUUAUAAACAUAAUUUGACAUAAUAAAAAAUAAAUUUGUUUCAAAUAAACUUUGAAACAAAAUUUAGUUUGAAUAAGCCCGCUAUAUUUCAACCAAUGAGGUUAAAUUCUUGUGACAUGCGCAGCUCGACAUGCAGCUCGAUUUUAACAGUAAUGCCAGCACAGUAAUUGCCGUUUUGUUAGUAAUUACCGCACAGAAAUACCGACAUUUUAACAGUAACACACGCAUUUGCCAUUAUUUUUUAAAUGGAUGUUUUAAAUAAAAAAAGUGCCAAACUAAUCUCGAGUUUAAUGAUUAAUUAAAUUUAAUAAUUAAACUUUUAUCUACAAUUGGAAUAACAACAUUUGAUUUAUUUUUGAGGUUAAAUUGAGCUUUGCAAAGUUAGCAUAUACAAAAAAAGCACAGUAAUACCCACAGUUACCCUAUAUGAAAAAAAUAAUAAAAAAUGAACAAUUAAAAGAAUAAAAGCGAAAUAGUGCAAUGUUAAUAAUGACACAGUAAUUUGAAAAAAUAAAAUGAACAAGUUAUUUUAUGAAUAAAAUACACACGAGUGUAUAAAUUAUCAUUAAAGUUGAUUCGACGCAAUAUAUCAAACGUGUAAGACCCUGAGAUCUACUUUAUUCUUAUGAUCAAAAUCCUAACGAUGAUUUUUCACAUGUGUUUGUAUAUGUGGUUACUCCAUCGUUUGUUGCGUUACAUUGGAAUGUGAGAAGCCCAUAGGAAUACUCAGGGU